GCCUUCUCCAUAGUGCGAUGUGCGAUUUGGCGUUCUGAAAGCAGCCAGGAUGACGAGCAGCGCGAGGUACAAGAGCAGGGCGGUGAAAUCAGAAGAUGCAGAUGAAAAAGAGUAUGUUGGCUUUGCCACCCUCCCGAAUCAGGUUCACAGGAAGUCGGUCAAAAAAGGCUUUGAUUUCACACUCAUGGUGGCAGGGGAGUCUGGUCUCGGAAAGUCCACCCUGGUCAACAGCUUGUUCCUCACUGAUCUGUACAAGGACAGAAAACUACUCAACGCUGAAGAGCGCAUCAGUCAGACCGUGGAGAUCAUCAAACACACGGUUGACAUCGAGGAGAAGGGCGUUAAGCUGAAGCUAACUAUUAUAGACACACCAGGUUUUGGAGAUGCUGUCAAUAAUACAAAGAGCUGGAAGGCCAUUACUGACCACAUUGACCAGCAGUUUGAACAGUAUUUUCGGGAUGAAAGUGGCUUGAACAGGAAGAACAUCCAGGAUAACCGUGUCCACUGCUGCUUGUACUUCAUCCCUCCGUUUGGACAUGGGCUGCGGCCCGUGGACGUGGAGUUUAUGAAAGCACUGCAGGACAAGGUGAAUGUGGUUCCACUCAUUUCCAAGGCUGACUGUCUGACGCCAGCAGAGAUGAGGAAGAUGAAGGACAAGGUGAGGGAGGAGAUCGAGAAGUUCGGAAUCAAAGUGUACCAGUUCCCAGACUGUGAUUCCAAUGAGGACGAGGAGUUCAAGCAACAGGACCGAGAGCUAAAGGAGAGCACUCCAUUUGCUGUGAUUGGGAGCAACACGAUAGUUGAGGUCAAAGGUCAGCGGGUGAGAGGCAGACUUUACCCAUGGGGCAUUGUGGAAGUGGAGAAUCAGUCCCAUUGUGAUUUUGUCAAGCUGAGGAACAUGUUGAUUCGCUCACACAUGCACGACCUGAAAGACAUCACGUGUGACGUGCAUUAUGAAAACUACAGGGCACAGUGCAUACAGCAAAUGACAAGCAAACUUAGCCAGGAUAAUCGUGUGGAGAGCCCCAUCCCAAUACCACUUUCCACCCCGGACGUAGAGACAGAAAAGCUGAUAAAGAUGAAGGAUGAAGAGUUGCGGAGGAUGCAGGAGAUGCUUCAAAAAAUGCAGCAGCAGAUGCACGAACAGGACCUGUGAACGCCCCCCUGAGCAAAACCUGCUGAUUUCAACAUGUCUGCACUUUUACACAAGCGGACACAUAACACUUUAACAUCAUCACACUGAAAGAUUUUCAGUAGAUAAGCUAACAGAUGUAUUUGUAUGUCAAACACAGCACACAGAUAUGAAUGCAUGUGUCGAGCACUCCGUUAAAAGGGUCACUUCACCUGAGCCUGAUAUCUAAUACCAGGCUCCAAGUUAAAAUAUUUGGCAACACUAAAAGUUGUUUUCACACUUUUGUACAGUCCAUGUGAUGCUGUAUGACUGUUUCCAUGGCAAAGACGGCUGCUUUAUUCACAGCAGACAUGGCAAAUGUUGUUUUUGGUUUGCUGUUCUAUCCCAGUUUUUAUUUUAUUUUUAGUAAUGUGAGUGCAUGUGUGUGUGUGUGUGUGUGUGUGUGUGUGUGUGUGUGUGGGUGUGAUUUGGAUUUGGACAAAACAAGAGCACUGAGUGGAAUACUAAAUAUCUGAGCAAUUUUCUACUUUUAAAAGAGCUAUACCAAUAAGCUAUUACAUCUUGAACAAGGUUAAGUAUCAAAACAUUUGCAGUAUUAAAGCAUAUUUGUCUCUGAAGGCCUUUUCAGAGCACCUUAAAUUGCAAUCUUUGCUGUAUGUUGAAGAGAUUUUUCACUGAUCCAUGCAACCUUUUGUCUACCUUAAGGAUUGAACAUAUAUGAACGUUUUAUGUAAUUUAGGUUUUAAUAUAGCACUAAGGAUAAAUUUUCCAGUCUUAAAACAUUUAAUUAUUUAUAUUAUUUCACGAAAUGUAUAUCAGACAAUCUGUAUAUGUAAAUAGGUUCCGACAUCUUUUAUAUCACCUGUAGUUGUUGGUUUAAGAUGGGUGCAUUGAGAUAUUGAUUUAUAUGCCCUGUAUGUGUUUACUCAAGCUAUUCCUAUAAGCAUGACAAAUGCACCAUCUCCAAUUUAUCAUGAUUCCUUUGAAAAAUAAACAUCUU